AUGGACUUGCAACCUGUCGACCCCGAGGCAGUCGCACCGGUCGCGACCGACGCGAGGGGAGAUGUCCGUGACGUACAGCUGCUGGCACGGAUGGGCUACAAACAGGAACUUCGUCGGCAGUAUUCCACCCUGCAAGUCUUCGCAAUCGCUUUCAGCAUCAUGGGCCUAGUUCCUUCAAUCGCGUCGACCCUCUCCUUCUCUCUCCCCACGGGUCCGUUCGGCAUGGUCUGGGCAUGGUUCACAGCGAGCAUAUUCAUCUUCCUAGUUGGAUUAGCAAUGGCUGAUCUCGCGUCUGCCAUGCCCACAGCUGGAGGACUAUAUUGGUGGACACAUUAUUUCGCCGGACCGAAGUGGAAGAGCCCACUGAGUUUCUUGAUCGGAUAUAGCAACACAUUGGGUUUGAUCGGUGGGAUAUGUUCAGUGGACUACACCCUUGCACUCAUGAUUCUCUCUUGUGUCUCGAUGUCACGGGGAGACGGAUGGUCUGCCUCGCGUGGCGUUAUCUAUGGUGUUUACGUCGGCCUGAUUCUCUUCCAUGGACUAUGCGGCUCUUUGGGUGGAAGGCUAAUGCCGAAAAUCCAGACAUUUUGCAUCUAUAUCAACAUUGCCCUUGUUGUUGCGACGGUAAUCGCUUUACCAGUGGGGAAAGUGACACGCGGUGGGCCCCUCAACACUGGGCAUUAUGUCUACGGUCAUAUCGACAAUCAGACUACAUGGCCAACGGGGUGGGCAUUCAUGAUGGCAUGGCUCGCUCCGAUCUGGUCAAUUGGUUCCUUUGACUCUUGCGUUCACAUGAGCGAAGAAGCUAAGCAUGCAUCUAAGGCUGUUCCUCUUGGAAUCAUCUGGUCGGCGGGCUCUGCACUCGUGCUUGGAUUCUUGGUGCUGUCUGUCAUUGCUGCUACUAUGAACCCAGAUGUGAGCGCGACAAUCAACACCAAAUUCGGUCAACCAAUGGCUCAGAUCUAUUAUGACGCAUUAGGCAGAGACGGUGCUUUAGCAUUUAUGGCUGUACUCUGCGUCGUUCAGUUUCUCAUUGGCCUCAGCUUGAUUGUCGCUGCUUCUCGCCAGGCAUGGGCAUUUUCUCGUGACGGUGCAUUGCCAUUUUCUAGGUUCUUCCGCCACGUCAGUAACCGCAUUCAGUACCAACCCGUGCGCAUGAUCUGUGGCUUAGUAUUUAUCUCUAUUCUACUGGGCCUGUUGUGCCUGAUCAACUCAGCAGCUGCGAAUGCCCUAUUCUCACUAUUUGUGGCAAGCAAUUAUCUUUCAUGGGGCACCCCAAUUCUCUGCCGCUUGGUCUGGGGCGAGGACCGGUUCAAUCCGGGAGAGUUCUAUACCGGCCGCUUCAGCAGGCUCAUUGCCUGGGUGGCCGUUGUUUAUCUUCUUUUUGGUGUUAUCUUGUCUAUGUUCCCGACUGAGGGUCCCAGGCCAACGUCGUCGACCAUGAACUACACCAUCGUAAUAAAUGGCUUUGUUUGGUUCGGCUGCAUGGCGUAUUAUUUUAUUUUUGCACGGCGCUGGUACACUGGACCCCAGAUGACUGUUGAUGGGAGUAACUCUACUGCCUCAGAGAAUGUCAUUGUCGCUACAGUUCCCUGUGCGCCCGCUACCGAUGAACCUGGUUCUUUUUAUAAGAAAGAAUGA